CCCUCACCCCCACCCUCACCCCCUCCCUCACCUCCCAGUCCUCCCCCUGAGCUGCUCGUGCCGCCUCCCUCAGGCCUGGGUCCCUGACGGCGCCGCUUUGUGCUGGCUGAGUGCCGCAUUGAAACUCCAGCUGCUCCUGUGAAUGCUGCAGUAUCCAUCCAUCCAUCCCCGGGAUUUCUGAUUGCAGCUGCUUUGUCAUCUGUAAAAUCAAUGGUUUAAACAGUGGCUAUGGUUGCUUUCUCAUUGUGUGGGGCUUUCGUUAGUACCCGACACACACAACCAUCUACUAUAAACUUUUGUAUUCUGCAGUCUUUGUCUUUCCUCCAAAUUUCCUGCUGGAAAGAGUUUUUAAAAUUUCAUUUGGAUUCUGCAUCAUCUAUGUAAUAUUGAGUAUUAACCUCUGCCACAGUGUUUAGCUGGUUGGUAACCAAGUUCAUUUUGGAACACAACAGACAAUACAAUUUGAAGAGUAGCAAAUAUUUGGCAGUAUUUCUUUCACUCCUGUUUUCUUCUUCCUUGAAGGUGGAAGCUUGUUUGAUUAUCACGUAGAGUUUUAUCGUGUGUCCUGCUAUAGAAGAAAUGUUUAGCAGAUGAGAAUGGAGGAUUAUGAGGAGUUUUGCAAUAGACAUUUAGCCAGGAUUCAGACUGAGAUGGUGGAAAAUAAAUCAUUUGAGUCAGUGUGGCCAAAGAACAAUUCUGUUAUCCACUUCCACGGGAUUGCUGCACUCUGUCCUCUGAUGAAUAGUGAAAGGAAGCUGGAGAUGCAGCAGUACAGACAAAAAGCUGUGGAAUUGGAGCUCAAGCGGCAGAAAGCGAGAAAAAGUGCCUUACUAACUCGUGUACAAGAAAUUAUAGAAAAUGUACAGGUAUGCCACGUGCCAAGUACCACCGAAUGCAUCAAAGAUCCUGGAAGUCAAUCGCCAACAAACAUUGAUCCAACAAAUGGCUUCAGCACAGUUCAGCAUACUGACCAGUCUUCAAGCUAUUCUGACAAACCUGCAGAUACCACUGUGUCAAUAGCGGCAUCAUUGAAAUUAAUGGAAGAAAACACCGCCAGAAAUUCUGAGAAGUGCACUUAUUAUUCCCAACUAAGUGACCUUCCUAAAUUGACUUGUAAUAACCAAUCCAAUAACACAUUCUCAGUAUGCACAAGUCCUAAGAAAGAGGAAUCAAAAACUGAUGUCAUGUUAUCCACAAAGGAAUCUCCUGAUCAUUAUGCAAUGAGUCUUCAGAACCUGUUAAAAAAAUCAAGAGAAUAUGUAGAGAGAGAACAAAAUCGACGUAGUGGGAAAAAUGUUUCCAAGGAAAGUACAAAUGAAAGUCAUUCCGAUAAAGAAAAUGAAGGUGUUAAAAUCAGUGACUGGGAAAAAGAAAGAAACAAAGUAUCUACCAAAACUUUGAGUCCCAGUCUUGUGACAAGCAGUGCAAGGUCAUCUUCACAGCCACAAAAUGCCUCUGCCUCUGCAACAAAUGAAAGCUGUGAAUUAUAUGAUAAAACAGCAGUUAGUACAUCAGCUUCAGUUUUAAGUAAUUCAACAAAAGUAGACUUUGCAGAAAAGUCAACAAAAGGCUUAUCGAGAGAAUCUGAUUCAGAUGAGGAUUGGAUAAACUGCUCAACAAGUGAACGUGACAGGAGCUUGCUUAAAAGCUUAAUGGGGUCUUAUGCGAAACUGCCCAACCCCGAACCAAGUCGCAGUCCGAAAAUGCACCAAAGACGUCCCAGGACGUCGACCAAUAUUGUUAUUAAUAAUCCAGUAAAUGCUUAUGAGCUAAGUCCGAAAGAAAAAUUUAAAGGAUUAUCUGGGAUACCUCUAGGUAAAAUAAAUAUUAAUUUUGAUGCAAAGAGAGCAGUUGUGAAUGAAGCUUUAAUAGCUGUCAAUCAAGAAGAAACAGAACAAAAUGCUGGAAAACAACAGGAUUUUCCAACAUGCUUGGGAAGUGUUGAUGAGAUGCCGAGAAAAGGAUGUUUACCCUUAUGUGUUAAACCUUCUGGAGUAUUGGAAAAAAAAAUGAUUGAAGGUGUAGUUGAUAAUGCUGUUCAAGCACCAUUGAGCAGCUUAAUUCAGAAAGAUCAUGAUUUGGAAAGGACAUCUCCAUUAUUUGUGAAUAAACAGGAAAUUAUUGAGUCCUCAGAACCCCAGAUUGAACUGAAUCUCAGUGGCCAAAAGACGACCAGUUUGACGGAAAAAGCUAAACAAGGUUCACCCAUUGAACUUAACAAAUCCUAUGAUGUCAAGCAUCCAUCUCCAGUGCUGCUGCAAAACCAAGUGACAAAACAACAAAUGGACCUCUCAGCUAUGUCUUCAGCCAAUGAAAAGAGUCUACAAAGUAGCAUAGAAGCUAAAGCCAAACGUAAAUUAGUGAUGGGUACUUCAAGCGCCAAAGAAACAGUUCAGGAGAUGUCCAGGUGGAUUCGAGAGGAGAGACAUCACAGAGUUUCUAUUAGCAGGAGUGAAACUGAAGUGCCUCCAAAUAACCAGAGUAAUGCUUUAGAUGGAGAGCUUAUAGCAAAACAGAUGAUGACAUUUGUAGAAAUGCGGAAGCAAUUGGAGGAACAACACACCUUACAAUUGUCUAUGCUGAUUGCUGAACAAGAAAAGGAGCAAGAGAAACUGCGAAGGGAAAUAGAGGAACAGGAAAGACGAUUUAGAGAGCAAAUGAAUUUUGUGUUGGAAUCAACAGAAAAUCGCUCCAGUAAAGAAAUGUCAUUAGAUUGGAGGAGAUUAAAUGAAAACUACUCAAUUUCAUCUCUAAUCACUCAAGUGGAUGGUCAUCAACUCAGUAAUUCUUCUAACAUUGGUAAUUAGAAUUUCUAAAGGCUA